CCCUUCUGGCUCGCCCCAACUCCGGAUCUGGGCGGAGGGGCCCUGGGGCGUGUUUCCCCACCCCUUUCGGACUUCGGAACUGACUCGGACAGACUGGCGCCGGAACAGGAGUGGUCUCUACUGGACGACAACUUGGUGGGUUCGGGUCCUGCAAGAAUGCGGGCCCUGUCGGCCGUGGACGCACUUGCCAGAAUGCGACCCCCUCUCCGGGACCCCAUGGCGGCGGAGGACACUCACACGGCGCGGCCAGCGCGCAAGAGCGCUGUGGAGAGACUGGCGGCCGACCGCGCCAAGUACGUUCGGAGCACGCCGGGAUCCAACCAGGGUUCUGUCUCCGAGGGCAGGGUCCCUGAGACCCCAGGAGUGCAGCACCGCAACCCAGUUCCUUCGGCUCUUACUCCAGCUCCCGUAGCCCGCAGGGUUAUCCCUCGGAAGCCGCUGAGACCUGAUUCGUUGGUCAUCUACCGACAGAAGUGCGAAUUCUUCCGAGGGCCAGGAACAGACGGUUCCAGAGGGGGGACGGUGAAGAAGUUUUCCCAGGGGUCUCCCAAGGACAAAAUGACAGUGGCCCCUGAAACGACCGUGGUGUCAGGUGAGGGUAAGACGAAGGAAACAGAGGCCACUUGGACCAAGUCCAAUCAGGCGGUAGCCACUAGCCCAGCCUCUCCGUUACCACCUCCCACCCCUGUAGUGGCCACGGAGUCCCCAGAUGUGCCUUUGAAUGUGGCUUCCAAGGUUCCAGUUGCACCCUCGGCAGGGGAGCUACGGGUGUCGCGUCGCAGAGGAUUGCAGCGCUCUCAGUCAGAUCUCAGCUCCCGCUACUCGAUAGCCAGGGCCGAACCCGACAACUUCUUCCUUUAUUGCGGCCUGGAACCAGAAGUGGUGGAGGCUCUUGGGAGAGAGAACUUCUCUGCUGGGUCCGACUGUGUUACUUUCAAAGUGCGGAGCGUGAGCAUGGCUACUUCUGAUAGUAGCUUCUCCAGGCACAGCGAGGAUGGGCUGCAAGAAGAGGAGCUCAUGGAGCAAAUGCCCAGCACCACCUCUAUAGUAGAAAGGAACGCCCGUAUCAUAAAGUGGCUGUUUACCUGCAAGAAGGCCAAAGAAACCCCCAGCCAGAGGUUGCAGGGACCUGCCUGAUUGAUGUCUGAUCCAGGAAGCAAACUUUUCCAUGAUGAAGGGACCCUUAAAUUGAAUGGACUCCUGAGCCAUGUGUUUGCUUCUGUUGACCAGGCUUGUAUAUUAGCCAUGGUGAAGUGCUGUGGUGAAGAUGGGCGGGAAGAUAUUAG